AUGUCUGACGACGAGUACGACAACAAAGAGCAGGAGGCCCGCGACAGGGCUGACAGGGAACGCGAACAAAAAGAACAGGCAGCCCUGCCGUACAGAUGGGCUCAAGAGCUCGGCGAAGUCGAUAUCACCGUUCCCGUGCCCAAGGGAACACGUGGAAGAGACCUUCUAGUAGCUAUACAAAAGACAAAGCUUAGCGUAGGUCUCAAGGGAAAGGAACCCAUUAUUGCAGGCGAUUUGUGCAAGGAGAUCAAGGUUGAAGAAAGUACCUGGACCUUGGAAGAUCAGCAAUCGGUGCUUAUUCAUCUCGAGAAAGUCAACAAACAGGAGUGGUGGGAGAACGUCCUCCAACAUCACCCCAAGAUCGACACCCGCAAGAUUCAGCCCGAGAACAGCAAAUUAAGCGACUUGGAUGGAGAAACUAGGGGUUUGGUCGAGAAGAUGAUGUUUGACAACCAGCAAAGGCAUCUGGGAAAGCCAACCUCUGACGAACUCAAGAAGAUGGAGGCCCUCAAGAAAUUCCAGGCUGCUCACCCAGAGUUGGACUUCUCGAAAGCCAAGAUCUCUUAG